AUGUUCUUGUUUUCAGAUCACACCAUCCAGUCUGUUUUUUGCUGCUGCUGCUGUUCAGUGCAGAAAAGAGCAGUGAGAACAAAAUUGAGCCUGGACAAUGACGUAGACUUGAUGGCUGGAUACUCAAUGUCACAACAGCUCUCCUAUGUGUCUACCCAAAAGCACAGAAAUUCAUACCGCAUUAAUCAAUCAAAGAGGAAGCCACUACCAGCGUUACCCCCACAGAUCCCUGAAGAGUAUGAAGAGAAAAUCAGAGUCAUUGCACUCUAUGAUUUUUUUGCCAAAGGACCCUGUGACUUAACACUCAGGAAAUCAGAAGAAUACAUUAUCCUUGAGAAGUAUGACCCCCACUGGUGGAAGGCAAGAGACCAGUAUGGUAAUGAAGGCCUAAUUCCCAGCAAUUAUGUAACUGAGAACGAGCAAAAUAAUUUAGAAGCAUAUGAGUGGUACUGUAAAAACAUAACCAGAAAUCAGGCAGAACUUCUACUACAGCAGGAGUCCAAAGAAGGGGCAUUUAUGGUCAGAGAUUCAAGCCAAAAGGGAGCCCUCACAAUGUCUGUUUAUUCGCGAUCUAGCGGAAGCCACAGUGGAAAUAUCCGACAUUAUCAAAUUAAGCAAAACCAUUCAGAACAGUAUUAUGUAGCAGAAAAGCACCUCUUUCCAUCCAUUCCUGAACUCAUCCAGUAUCACCAGCAUAAUGCAGCAGGUCUCAUCACCCGCCUCCGACAUCCAAUUGGAUCAAUGGGAAGUUGUUUACCAGCAACGGCAGGAUUUAGUUAUGAGAAGUGGAAGAUAAACCCAUCUGAGCUGACUUUCAUGAAAGAAGUUGGGCGUGGCCAGUUUGGAAUCGUUCAGCUGGGUAAAUGGAGAGCACUUGUCAAAGUUGCCAUUAAGGCAAUCAAUGAAGGUGCAAUGUCUGAAGAUGAUUUCAUUGAGGAAGCUAAAGUCAUGAUGAAAUUAUCCCACCCAAAGCUGGUACAGCUUUAUGGAGUGUGCAUACAGCACAAGCCUCUCUACAUAGUGACUGAGUUCAUGGAAAAUGGCUGCCUGCUCAAUUACCUUCGGCAAAGACAAGGGAGGCUUAACAAAGAAAUGCUGUUAAGCAUGUGUCAGGAUGUCUGCGAAGGGAUGGAGUAUCUAGAAAGAAAUAGAUUUAUUCACCGUGAUUUAGCUGCAAGGAACUGUUUAGUCAAUGCCAAGAACAUAGUUAAAAUAUCUGACUUUGGAAUGACAAGAUAUGUUCUAGAUGAUGAAUAUAUCAGCUCUUCGGGUGCCAAAUUUCCAGUCAAAUGGUCAUCUCCUGAAGUUUUUCAUUUCAACAAGUACAGCAGCAAGUCUGAUGUCUGGUCAUUUGGAGUUUUAAUGUGGGAAGUUUUUACAGAGGGCAAAAUGCCUUUUGAAAAUAAGUCAAAUUCUGAAGUUGUCCAUGAGAUUUCCGAAGGUUACAGACUUUAUCAACCAUAUCUGGCAUCACUCACUGUGUACAAAGUCAUGUACAGCUGCUGGCAUGAGAAACCUGACGGUCGCCCUGCUUUUGCUGAGUUACUUCAGACCCUCACAGAUAUAGCUGAGACUGGAUAA